CGUCAUCGGUACGGUGGCUGUCGUGGGCCAAGCUUGUUCCGCGAAACUGCCGGCGGCCAGCAUGGAGCCCGGGGAGCGCACGGAGGCCGGGGGCUGUGCGGCGGCGGCGGCGGAGGCUGGGCCCGUCUUCACGCUGGAGGAGGUGAGGAAGCGGAACUCCAGCCGCGAGGCCUGGCUGGUCAUCCACGGGCGUGUCUACGAUGUCACCCGCUUCCUGGAGGAGCAUCCAGGUGGAGAAGAGGUUUUGCUGGAACAAGCUGGUAGAGAUGCCACAGAGAGCUUCGAAGAUGUUGGGCAUUCCACAGAUGCCAGGGAAAUGCUCAAGCAGUACUACAUAGGGGAGAUCCACCCGCAUGAUCGUAAAAAAGAAGGUUCUAAGGAUCCAAGUAUGACAUCCUCAGGCCAAGCAAGUUUCUGGUCAACAUGGCUAAUCCCCAUCUUCGGAGCACUGGUCAUAGGUUUAAUGUAUCGCUAUUAUAUGUUGGACGGGAGAACCUCUUGAACUGAGCUUGCUGGGACCUCAGAAAGCCCGAAAGAGAGGGUGUGAGAGAGAGUGCAUGCAUGCAACACAUGGAAUUCUACUUCCCUUAACUUUUUCUGCCUUGCUUUCAGCUUUGAGUCUGUCAAGUGAUGCUGGUAUCCAUGGGACCAAGUAAUACCAAACUCUCUCUAUCCUAAGUCUGGGACCCGCAGACCUGUCGUACUUUCCUCCUGCGGUGGCAGGGCGAGUGCGACUUCCCAGUAUUCUCUUAUGUUUCUGUGUGGUCUCCCUCGUGUGUGCGUGCUCGUGAGCUCUCUCUCUCGCUCUCUCUUGCUCUCUGAAGUAAACCACAGACCACCUUUUUCUUUCAAUGCCUUUUCGUUAAGCCAGACACCGUGAAACAGCUGGUAGUGAGCCUGUGGGUUUGCCUCGGUCCUUCACUUAGCGUUGUCAGAAAUAAACUGUAAGUUGUCUACAGUCCUUUCCUGAAAAGACGUCCGGAGAUUCGGUUCCGCAGUAACUUUCCCAGUGCAUGCAGGCAACACUAAUUGGAGCAGCAGGAAAUUGUUAGCUUUGCUACCUCUUUCUGUACGUGUCUGUUUUUAACGGUUAAACAAAUAUAAGUAUUUUAAAAGCGA